AUGUGCGCAGCUGCCCGUGUGGCGGUUACCAACUCCGUGGCGAGCAUGAUCCCGCCGGCCCGAAUUACCACGGCACGGCGAAACACCAUGUCGGAACACCCGACGGGGGACGACCCGCCCAGGUGGAGUGGCACCUACCUCCGGUAUAGCCCGCCUACAAAGCUGCGUCAGUGUAUCUGGCCAGUCGGUCAAGUAUGUGGUAGGCACUAUAUCUUAAGCAUGUCGUCAUCGGACGUCGUUGAACUCCUCCCAUGGUACCGUUACAGAGCCGGGGUUAGCUGCGGAUUACCCAUUUCGGCUUUCGCCUCAUCUGCACAAUUAUUACCCGGAUGGAAAUCCUACAACGGCGCCUUUCGGCUAAGGACUGGCAAAGCGGCCGAACCGGUCUAUGCACUGCGCCCCCAUUCCGCCUUGGUAUGUGUCAGCUUUAGGGCUUUCCCGAACAAUUCGAAGGUGUCGCCAUCGACGCAAGUGACUAGCUACGUAUUUACCAUCUACGUAACUAUACCCAUACCGGGGAGCCCGUUACUCCAACAGAGGCGCUGUCGACACAAUGUCCGCCUCCUUUAG